CUCCCUCUCCCGCCGUUCUUUGUCUUGCUCUCCCGGACGCCAUGGCCGGCGAGAAGCCCUCGACGGCGGAGCACGAGAAGACGAUGAAGAGCAAGAAGGGGAGAGUAACUCGCUCCUCUGUGUCGUCCAAAUCGUCCCGGAAGGAUUCUCUCAAGUGGGGUAAUGCUCUCAAGGCCGAUGACGAUCCGUUCGCUCUCUUCGCCGGAGGGGAAGAAGGAGGAUUUUUAUCGCUUGAGGAGAUUGAUGAGUCGGAGUAUGGAUUCAUUGGUGGAGCUACGGAGCUUGUGGGCGAUGAGUUUGAGCGUCCGGUUUCUAGGAAGUUGAGGAAACGGAAGAGGAAAAGUGUGGAUGAGGACUUGGGAGGUGAGGGAGGAGAAGAGAGGAAGGAGGAGGAUGGGAAGAGUAAGAAGAAGAGGAAAAAGAAGAAGCAAAAGAAGAAGGAGAGCUCGUCGAAGGGGAGCGAAGAGAGCAAAGAAGGUCUUGUUGAAGGAACGGUCCAAGAUAUUGUUCCAGUGGUUCUUGAUGCACCCAUGGAUAAUGAUGUGAAGGAAGAUACUAAAGAUGAUUUGCUUCUUGCGGAGGAUGAAUUUUAUGCAUGGAAAGAACUUAGACUUCAUCCUUUGCUCAUGAAAUCAAUUCAUCACCUUAGAUUUAAAGAACCUACACCUAUACAGAAAGCUUGCAUCCCUGCUGCAGCCCAUCAGGGAAAGGAUGUAAUUGGUGCUGCAGAGACAGGUUCCGGAAAAACUCUUGCUUUUGGGCUGCCUAUUCUUCAACGCCUUCUUGAAGAGCGUGAGAAGGCUGCCCGAUUUAUUGAGGGAGAAGUAAAAGCUGCUGAGGAAGUUAUAAGGGGAGGUCCUCUUCGGGCUCUUAUUGUUACACCAACUAGGGAGCUCGCCUUGCAGGUCUCUGAUCAUCUUAAAUCAGCUGCAAGAUUUACACAUUUUCAAGUUCUUCCUAUUGUUGGUGGUAUGUCUACUGAAAAGCAGGAAAGACUUUUAAAAAGAAGACCAGAAAUAAUUGUUGGAACCCCAGGAAGGUUAUGGGAGCUCAUGUCAAGAGGAGAUGUACACCUUGUCGAGUUGCACUCGCUAUCCUUCUUUGUGCUGGAUGAGGCUGAUCGAAUGAUUGAGCAUGGCCAUUUUCAUGAGUUACAGUCUAUCAUUGACAUGCUUCCAACAUCUAGCACCUCUGCUGAUUCAAGCUCUCUGUGCAAAACUAUUCCAAGUGUUCAGCGGAAGAAACGGCAAACAUUUGUCUUCUCAGCCACAAUAUCUUUAUCAGAUAAUUUUCGCAAGAAACUAAAGCGUGGCUUGACUGCUCCCAAAACAGCUACAACUGGUGGGCUUAGUUCAAUAGAAACACUGUCAGAGCGAGCUGGAAUGAGAGCCGAUGCUGCAAUUGUUGAUUUGACAAAUGCUUCUAUUAUGGCUGACAAACUUGAAGAGUCAUUUAUUGAGUGCAAUGAAGAUGAUAAAGAGGCCUAUCUCUAUUAUAUUCUAAGUGUUCAUGGCCAUGGUAGGACUAUUGUUUUCUGUACAUCAAUUGCAGCUUUACGGCGCAUUUCUUCUAUUAUGAACAUUCUUGGCAUCAAAGCCUGGAGCCUUCAUGCUCAAAUGCAACAAAGGGCUCGCUUAAAGGCAAUGGAUCGUUUUCGUGGGAAUGAAAACGCAGUUCUGAUUGCUACUGAUGUUGCUGCAAGAGGUCUUGAUUUUCCUGGCAUACGGACUGUUGUUCAUUAUCAGUUGCCCCAUUCAGCUGAAGUUUAUAUACACAGAAGUGGCAGGACUGCACGUGCUUCCGCUGAUGGCUGCUCUAUUGCAUUGAUUUCUCCUAAUGAUAAAACAAAGUUUUCUACGCUUUGUAGAUCAUUAUCCAAGGAAAGCCUUAAAUGUUUUCCGGUAGAUAACUCUUACAUGCCUGAAGUAAUGAAACGUCUUUCUCUUGCACGGCAAAUUGACAAAAUUUCGCGGAAUAACUCCCAGGAGACUGCAAAGAAGAGGUAUGAACGGGUUGCUGAAUCUGUAGGGUUGGAUUUAGAGGAAGAUGGAAGUGAGGAUGAAAGAGUGCAUGCUCAUAAACAAAAGAAACUCAGCUCUGCUCAUUUAAAGAAGUUGCAGCAGGAGCUCAACGAUCACCUGUCAAAACCUCUACAACCAAAAUCAUUCUCGUACCGCUUUUUGGCUGGGGCCGGUAUUUCUCCUCUUCUUCAGAAGCAACUGGAAGAAUUGUCAAAGAAGCCCCCGGUUAGCAAGACAAAUUCAAAGGAGAAGCGACCUGGACUUGUGGUCAUAGGCCAGGAUUGCCUCGAACCACUUCAGGCCCUUCGAACUUCUGGCCGUGAGGUUUCUGUUACCGGUGAAAAAGCAAGAGAAAUGCGAAAGACAGCUGAGAAUUUAAAAAGAAAACGUCGAGAGGAGAAAAAGAGUGCUCGCGAGCAACGUAGGAAGAAAAACAAAAGUCAAAAGGAGGCAAUGAAAUGAAACCAUUUAUUACACAAUUUUGGAGAAAUCUUUCUGAACAAAGAGCAAGAUUGUCAUAUACUUCUGUUCUGAGCUUUCAAUACUGCAUCUGAGAGGGUGGGAAUUGAAGACUUUUUUUUUUUUAACUUAAAAUGAUCUUUGUUUAUGUUCUGCUGAUCAAUAAAUCUUUGUAUUUCUUCUGUCAAGAACUGAGAAAACAUAAUUAUUCAUUGUAAUCCUCCUGUCAAUCAAAUGUAAUGACAAGUAUGCCCCUAUGAUUUCCUGCAUGAUAGAAAAAAUAUAUGUUGCUUGAAAUUUGUAUUCA